CCUGCAUCAUCCCAGACCAUGCUGUGGACUGCUGUGCCACUCCCUAGGGGGACCGUUGGACAGAUUCCCUGAUGUCAUCUGGAUGUCUCAGUCUAUCGUGACGUGCUGCGGUUCGCAUCCUGCCUGCUGCUGCCUUGUUGCCCUGCCCUUCCAGCGUCGCCUUCGAUCUCCCAGAAGCAGAAGCAAACGAGAUAGAGUGGUGACCAGCCCUGAGCUCAUGAGGCGGUGUUGCUGGCUACAAGAACGCCUCGGGGGCUGGCACCACCUGACUUUGGCCCUUGUGCUAGAUAGCCUCACAGGGCCCCAGAGCGCGCCAUGGCCCGUUUGGGGAGCCACGGAAUUAGAGGCCGCAAGCCUCGUGCCCACCGUUGGCUGCCAGGGGUCAGGCGGCUCUUGAUGCCCGGGUACCUGGCCCAGGGUGACGUCGACGGGCAGACGGCCGGUACCGCGCUACCAUGCUUAGCUGUCCGUCCGCAAGGCUUUUCGACCCCAGAGCUGG